CGUCCACCGAGUGUGUUAGUUCUUGGUGUUCGUGCUGGUUGACUCCAUGGAUCGCUUCCGUUCUCUUCUUACAUUGUUCUUAGUGAGUGGAGCGAGCUUUAGACGUCCUCUGUUCUCGAUUUAUUUUGCGUUGUAAGUUUCUUUCUCUCGAUCUUCUUCUGUGUUCUGUUCCGUUUCAGCUUGCUGUAGUCGGUCAUGCAGCGUUGCCUCCUCGGCUGGUGGACUGGAACUCGGUCGUCCCCAACACUCCCAUGCCGAGCGCCAUCAGUGAUCUUAUAAACCCUGAUGUCACUGAUGAGCAGAAGUCAGGUACCAAUGUGAGCGUCGGCAUGGGAGGCGUGAACGUGAGCUCCAAGGGGGAUAUUGGCGGCGCCACCGUCAAAGUCGGCGAGGGCAGCGUCCAUGUGGGCACCUGGAAGCCCGGUGGCGGAACCACCUUUGAUGUCGGGGAAGAAGGUGUGAACGUGAACACCAGCCACGAGGGGGGAGGGCGGCCCGUUGUUGUCAGGGUGCCUUUCAGCAGUGGCUUGUCCUUCUCAUAUGCUGCCGCCGAGAGACAGAUCCAUGAUGACCCCAGCGUCGCCCUCUUCUACCUGGAGAAGGGCUUUAAGUCAGGCUCCAAGUCGAGCGUACAAUUCAAGAAGACCACCACCGGCGCAGCUUUUCAUCCGCGAAAAGAAGCAGAGUCCAUACCCUUCUCGUCGGCGAAGCUCCGGGAGAUUCUUAACUACUACGGCGUCAAUCCUGGUUCAGCAGAAGCACUGGUGAUGGAGAAGACGGUUCAAGAGUGCGAGAACCUGGCAGCGAGGUGGGGAGGCGCAGUUCUGCGCCACCUCGCUCGAGUCCAUGGUGGAGUUCAGCAUGUCGAGCCUGGGGACACGCGACGUCACGGCGGUGUCGACCGCCGUCGGCAAGGCGGGCUCGACGCUGCAGCUGUACACGAUCACCGAAGGAAGCCAAGGCCCGGCUACAGACCGGUGGCGUGCCACCCGGUAGCAUACAAGUACGCGGUAUUCUACUGCCACACGACGGCGACGAGCAAGGCGUACAGGGUGGGCCUAGUGGGGGCAGACAGCGCAGUUGGCGGAGGCUGUGGCGGUGUGCCACACCGACACCAAGGCGUGGAACCCCAACCACGUCGGCUUCAAGGUGCUCGAGGUGAAGCCCGGCUAGGUGCCGGUGUGCCACUUCCUGCCGGAGAACCACGUGGUGUGGAGCCGCAGCACUUGAAGUAGCUCAUCCACACCCUGCUGUGUUCAAUAAUGGAGGAAAUCAUAGUCUCUAUCUGUGUGUUUGAGAGAGAGAGAGAGAGAGAGAGGCAGCUAUUUGCUUCUCGUGUUGCACACGUAAAUGCAUCUUCGUUAUGUAACAACAACAAUAAUAAUAGCAGCAUUUGGAGCUCUAUGUUUGUAGGAAAGAUUACAUAUUUUGCUCUCUCAAUACAAUUGCAAGAGUUCAAGAAGGAAAGAAAGAUAUCUGAUCUCCGAAUGGAUCUUUGAUAGUAAUAGCUAGUUGACAUAAGGACAGCGAAAGCCAUGGGUACCUUACUGUUACUACAUGUGUAGUGUGGGACUUCUCGACCUUUCCAUCUAAAGACGAGAAGUGGGCGGGGCACUUUUGAUGGAUAAACAUAUGGAUGGGAUAAAGGCAGUAUCACAUCAAGGUGUGGAAGGACGAGAGGGAACGGCAUGGACGGAUGAAUGAGUUGCAACUGGCCUUUUGCUUCUCCUACGUUCUUGUUAUUUUGGAUCAAUGGUGACUCACGUUGGGAAUUAGCCGAGCUUUCGUCCCUCUGUCAGAGAUCACAUCGACGACAGGGAGUGAUGGGAACAGCAGCUUG